AUGUCUCAAUACGAGUUGAAAGUGGCCACUCGUGCCAACCACGCGGCAAUUCUGCCCGUGGUCCUCAUCGUCACCUCAAUCAACGAGGCCCGCCCCGCACCUGUGGUGACCAUCACCUACGAGGACACUGCUCUUCUCCAGGAUGGCGACAAGGCUAUUGUGCAGCUCAUUAGCGGCACCAACUCUGUCUUUGGCACUGCCAAUGCCAUCCAGGAGCUCACUGUGCAGUUCCCCUUCCUGACUGGCAAGGAUGCCAAGGUCGAAGCCGAGUGGAUCUCCCAGUUGGAUUCCCUGACUACCUUCGAUUUCAAGGCCCUUGACCCCGUGCUCCAGCGCCUUGAUGUUCACCUCCUCAUGCGCUCUUUCGUCGUCGGAUACUCGCUGUCCACCGCCGACAUUGCUCUCUGGGGUGCUCUCCGCGGCAACCGUGUCGCCGUUGCUGCCCUGAAGAAGGGAUCUCUUGUCAACCUUACCCGGUGGUACCGUUUCUUGGAGGAGCUUUGCCCCUGGACCAGCACCGCUGUGGAGUCCAUGAACGCUGUUGCCAAGGAAAAGAAGGUGGCCAAGUCCAAGGAGGGUGCCAGCUACGACAUUGCUCUCAAGAACACCGAGAACGGCGUCGUUACCCGUUUCCCCCCUGAGCCUUCUGGAUACCUCCACAUUGGUCACGCCAAGGCCGCUCUUCUCAACGACUACUUUGCGCAUGAGAAGUACAAUGGCACUAUGCUUCUGAGAUUCGAUGAUACCAACCCCUCGAACGAGAAGCAGGAGUUCCAGGAUGCUAUUGUGGAGGAUCUUGCCCUUAUGGGCAUCAAGCCCAACAAGAUGACCUACACCAGUGACUACUUCGAUGAGUUGUACGAUUACUGUAUCAAGAUCAUCAAGCAGGGUGAUGCCUACGCAGAUGAUACCGACAAGGAGACCAUGGCCGCCCAGCGAUGGGACGGUCUCCCCAGCCAGCGUCGCGACCUUUCUGUCGAGGAGAGCUUGGCUCACCUCGAGGAGAUGAAGGCCGGCACCCCCGAGGGUCUCCGUUGGUGCAUCCGUGCCAAGAUCUCCUUCGAUUGCCCCAACAAAGCCAUGCGUGAUCCCGUCAUCUACCGCUGCAACCCGGCACCCCACCACCGCACCGGCACCAAGUGGAAGAUCUACCCCACCUACGACUUUGCCUGCCCCAUCGUUGACUCCUUGGAGGGUGUCACCCACGCUCUGCGUACUAUCGAGUACCGUGACCGUAACCCUCAGUACCAGUGGAUGUUGGACACCAUGAAGAUGCGCAACGUGCAGGUGUGGGACUUCGCCCGCAUGAACUUCGUCCGCACCCUUCUGUCCAAGCGUAAGCUCACCAAGCUCGUUGAGACUGGUCUCGUCUGGGGCUGGGAUGAUCCCCGUUUCCCCACCAUCCGUGGUAUUCGUCGCCGCGGUAUGACCAUUCCCGCUCUUCGGGAAUUCAUUCUCAAGCAGGGUCCCUCCAAGGCUGUGACCAACUUCGACUGGGGUCUUAUCUGGGCCACCAACAAGAAGUACAUUGAUCCCAUUGCCCCUCGCCACACUACCAUCUACAACAAGGAUGUUGUCAAGACCACUGUUAUUGGUGGCCCUGCCACUCCUUACAGCGAGGAGAAGCCCCGACACGUCAAGAACGCCGCUGUCGGCAUGAAGAAGGUUGUGUACAGCAGCUCCAUCAUCCUCGAGCAGGAGGAUGUCAAGCUGUUCAAGCCUGAUGAGGAGAUUACCCUCAUGAACUGGGGUAAUGCCAUUGUCCGCAAGAUCACCACCAACCCCGAGACCGGUAUCAUCACCGACCUCGAGCUCGAGCUGCACAUGGCCGGCGAUGUCAAGAAGACCGAGAAGAAGGUCACCUGGCUCGCCAGCGAGGGCCAGGAUCUGGUUCCCGUCGAGCUGGUCGAUUUCGAUCACCUGUUGACCAAGGACUCCCUUGGUGAGGAUGAUGUCCUCGAGGACUACCUCAACAAGAACACUGAGUUCCGUGAGGCUGGUAUGGCUGACUGCAAUGUCGCUGACCUCAAGGAGAACGAUAUCAUCCAGUUCGAUCGCAAGGGUUACUACCGUGUUGACCGUGCUUACUCCCCUGGUUCGCCUGCGGUCUUCUUCAACAUUCCUUCCGGCAAGAGCAAAUAG